AUGAUGUUUGAAACAGAAGCAGCUGAUCAGGCUAUCGAACCGUAUAUAAAUGAAAAUGUUGACACAAAUGAUUUUGUAGAAGCAACAUAUGAUUCUAAAGAACUUAACGAUUUCGAAGUGAACAUUGAAUUUGACGAAGAUGAUGUUAACGAUGAAAGGAUACUAGGAAAAGUUUUUGAUACACCCGAUGACGCCUAUACAUUUUAUAAUGAUCAUUCUUUUUUGCAUGGCUUUGGAAUACGUAGAGAUGACACAGUUAAAAAUCCUAAAACAAAUGAGCCUUUUCGGAAGAUAUAUGUAUGCAACAAAGAAGGUUUCAAACGGAUGGACAAAAAUGCUUCAAGUGAAAAUGAGAAAAAACGUCAUAGAGAUGUUAGAACAGGAUGCCAAGCGAAACUUCCAAUAACAAGACAGGAGGAUGGGAAGUGGUUGGUGGACUCAUUUAAUGAUACACACAAUCACGACUUGACCGUGACACCUGUGACAACCCGAAAUUUCCAUUCUGUACAAACAAUAUCACUUUAA